CUUUGAGCUGGCUGGCUUACACAGACGUAACCCUCAUUUUAAAGCAGUUAAAUAAUGGACGCAGAGGAAGAGCACCGCUCGUGUGCCGACGUGAAAUCUGUAGAUCAUCACCCUAAACCGCCGUCUAUCAACGAUUUCGUCGUGCUGAAGCCCAUCAGCCGCGGGGCUUUUGGCAAGGUCUACCUUGCACGGAAGAAGUGCAACGCACGCGUAUAUGCCAUUAAGGUGAUGAAGAAAGCCGAUAUGGUGGAUAAAAACAUGACAAACCAGCUGAAGGCAGAGCGAGAUGCCCUCGCUUUGAGCAAAAGUCCCUUCGUGGUUCACCUGUUUUACUCCCUUCAGACAGCCACCAAGAUCUAUCUGGUAAUGGAAUACCUCAUUGGUGGAGAUGUCAAAUCUCUCCUUCAUAUCUAUGGCUAUUUUGACCAGGACAUGGCUGUAAAAUACAUCUCAGAGGUCGCACUGGCUUUAGACUAUCUCCAUCGUCAUGGUAUAAUUCACAGAGAUCUGAAGCCAGACAACAUGCUCAUAUCCAACGAAGGCCACAUCAAAUUAACAGAUUUUGGCCUUUCUAAAGUCAAGCUGGACAGAGAGCUGAGUCUUAUGGAUAUCCUCACUACCCCAUCUUUGGUUAAACCCAAGAAGGAUUAUUCCCGCACGCCAGGCCAAGUCCUCUCUUUAAUCAGCUCCCUUGGAUUUAAUACACCAGCAGCAGAAGGCAAGCGUCACUGCAGCGCUACUGUGGUGUCCAGUCCCAUGUCGUGUGGCAAAAUAAAACCAAGGAAUAAAUCUCUUGAUUCUCCUGUAAUGAAGAAAAUAGAUCACCUGUCUUCACCUGCUCGCUACCCUUGGAAACUGAGACCAAAGAGCAAUGUGUUUAGUCCUCAUAAUUUGACAAAAAAUCUGACUCCCACGUUGAUGAAGACCAGGAGCAGGUUUCAGACGAUGAGUGCAGGCAGCACUACUGACACUGACGGUGGCACCAGUCCACUGUGGGAGUGUGAGGAGAAAGAGAAUGAACACAUGAAUGACCAGAACGGGAGAGGGCGAUCUGAGUUGAAGGUGCCCAAAGAGGACAGUCCGCCCACAAAACGGGACACUUUUUGCUUUUCUGAUAAGACCUCUUGCAGUCAAUCAAAAAAGUCAAAUGAAGCUCAUCUUGUAGAAAAUAAAUCCCAUACGAACAACCAGGAGUCUGUCUCCACAGCUCAGGAGAAUGUUUGUCAAUUAGCAGUUCCCUCAUCUGUGAAGAGAACAUUUUCAGAUUUACAAAGAAGUCCAGAGACGCCAGAGAUCCGAGCCAAAAAGAGAAACACAGACUACAAAAGGUUCUAUGAGAUUCCUGUGGAGACUGAGAGGUUUCACACCGGCUUGACUGGAACAUUUUCCACCAUCAAAAUAGGCGACUUCAUGGUCUCCACUGAGGGGAUCGGGGCAACUGAAGAGCGGGUGCCGAAGCGCUCCAGUCCCGUUGCUGUAGCCAAAAGUCUGUUUUAUGAACUGGAAGAGCCGGUGGAGGAUGUAUUUGAAGGUGGAGCCAAAGACCUGUCACACACGAGUUUCACGUCACCACUUCCUGGGACAAGUGACAUUUGUAGGAACCUGAGCAUGGACUCUGACGGGUCUAUGCACGAAAUGUCUUUCACUAUAGACAGCCAUCCAUCCCUCCAGCCAACUGAGCCUGUCAAACACAGGAAUUCAUUAUCACCAGAGGAGGACAAAGAAAGUAAAGACUCCUUCUAUACUGCAUCACUACCAAAAACUCCUGUGGCCACUGUUGAAACACCUAAACUUGGUCGUUUUCUGGGGAGAGAUGAAUCUCGCUGUUCCUUUGCGAACCGACUUCCUGAGCUUGCUUGCAGUGAUGUGGAGUCCCCUUUAUUCCUCAAGCCGCGAAAUGUCGUGGCCUUCCGUAGUUAUUGUAGCUCCAUUAAUCGGUCCAACGUGUCCGGGGUGUCCCGAGUUAGCAUUGGAUCUGUGGAAGCUAUGGACGUGUCCACAACGGCUUCUUAUAACGCCGCAUCUGGAGCUGCAACACCAGUGCAGAAGAGACCCAGCUCCAGUGGUUCUCUCUAUCAGACUCCUCAGCCCAUGUCGACCUCUCAUACCCCUUACAGGACUCCAAAGAGUGUCCGAAGGGGAGCACUGCCUGUUGAGGGAGCACCGAUUUUAGGAACCCCUGACUAUUUGGCUCCAGAGCUUCUUCUGGGAAAACCACAUGUUUCAGGAAGUGGUCAGUGUGACUUCAUGGUGGACUGGUGGGCGCUUGGUGUGUGUCUUUUCGAGUUCCUCACAGGUGUGCCGCCAUUCAAUGACGAGACGCCCCAGCUGGUCUUCCAGAAUAUUCUGAACAGGGAUAUACCCUGGCCUGAGGGGGAGGAGGAGUUAUCUGUAGACUCCAGGAAUGCCAUUGAAAUCCUGCUGACCAUGGACAUGACAAAGCGCGCUGGCUUAAAAGAACUGAAGUGCCACCCCCUGUUUGACGGUCUGGACUGGGACAACCUGCAGAACCAGCCGAUGCCUUUCAUACCUCAACCAGACGACGAAACCGACACCUCUUACUUUGAUGCGAGAAACAGUGCUCAGCACAUUGCCGUGUCCGGCUUCAGUCUAUAGAAGUUGUUCUCUCGCUCGAAUGUUUGACGUGAGAGUGAUUUUUAAACACUUCAGACCAUUACCUUGGAUUUCUGCAAGUAAAUGCGAGGUAAAGAUGUGGAUUAGGGUGGCUUUUCCGUUCACUGUUGUAAUAUUGUUUUUAAAGAAAACAUUUUACAUUUGUGCAAUCAAAAAGGGCCACUUAGCUACAAGAAAUAUCUUUUUAAUGUUAGCACUACUGCGUUACAUUACUCUACUAGCAAGGCACCCCUUUAUCUGCUGCUUGAUUUUGUUGUGAUGAGGAUGUUAAAGUUAAUAUGCUCCAUUUUCUGUUG